UAGUUGGCGGAGGGAUACACAAGAUGGCGGCAGUUGUAAAGUGGCGUCGACAACGGAGAGUUGUUCGGUCUCGCAAUGCUCAUAUUUUGACCCCUUGGCGGCCGUCCUCUCGCCAUAACGUCCCUCUGGAGACACCUUUGGGUCGCUAGGGAGACGCGUCCCACCGGACACCUGAGAUAAAGGCACCUGGGGGUUAAUUAAAGGCGCCGCUGCUCCAGACAGGACAAGCAUUGAAGAAAGUAUUUAGAGAAAACCCUAGAGGGAGACUGCAGUAACACUGCAUGCAGCACAGCACAUGGUACAGGACCUAGGAGUGCUGCCGUGCAGCAGAGAGCCUUGCCCUACACGCCACCCUUGGGCGCUUUGGCAUUAAGGUCAAGUCAAUCGGGAGAGGACCGGAGUGAAAUUGGCUCUUCAGAAGCAAGAGAGACGGAACUGAGCAACUGCCGGGCCUAUUUUUUGUCGUCUCAAGUAAACUGUCAUGUUUAUGCUGAAAGAUAAAUUGGCCUAUCUUGGGCAUAGCUUUGCACCGUCUGCCAUGCCGGAGGAGAAGGGGGGGAAGGGGGAGAAUGGCGUCGGGGCGGAGACAAAGGCCCCGGAGUCCCCCAGCAAGUCCCCGUCCAAGGCUCCCAGGGGCAAGAUGGUCCUUGCCCGGAUCAAGCUCCUCGAUGGCACCGAGUGUGAGGUGGCAGUGGAAAAAAAGGCCAAGGGUAUAGACUUGCUGACAAGCAUCGCAGAUCGCAUCAACCUCCUAGAGAAGGACUACUUUGGUCUAAGCUACAUCGACCACAACAACACUACUAACUGGCUCAACCUUGAGAAGCGGAUCUCCAAGCAGGUCAAGGGACCGUGGGAGUUCAAGUUUGAGGUGAAGUUUUACCCUCCAGACCCCACGCAGCUUGCUGAAGAUAUAACUCGAUACCAGCUCUGCCUCCAGGUACGGCAGGACAUUUUGACGGGCAAGUUGCCCUGUUCGUUCGUCACCCAUGCCCUCUUAGGUUCGUAUAUGGUGCAGGCAGAAGUGGGCGAUUACGAUGCCAAGGAACACGUUGGCACUAGUUAUCUCUCAGAAUUCACCUUUGCGCCUAAUCAGAAUGCUGAACUGGAAGAGAAGGUUGUUGAUCUACACAAGACUCAUAAGUGAGUAAGGCCAGCACUGGCAGAAGCAGACUAUUACCUAGAUGAUUCAAAAAAAACGGGCAUGUAUGGUGUGGACAUGAUUCAUCGUAGGACAGAAGGUGUGAAUCAUGAGGUGUGCGUUGGGCUCCUUGUCUACAGGGACAAACUACGCAUCAACCGAUUUGCUUGGCCCAAAAUACUCAAAAUCUCCUACAAACGCAGUAACUUCUAUAUCAAAAUCCGGCCUGGGGAGUUUGAAACCUUUGAAUCUACGAUUGGCUUCAAGCUGCCGAAUCACAAGGCUGCCAAGAGGUUGUGGAAGGUGUGCGUUGAACACCAUACAUUCUUCAGAUUAAUGACCCCAGAGCCUCCCCAGAAGCAGGGUCUGUGGCCGCGCCUCGGCUCCAAGUUCCGUUACUCCGGGCGCACCCAGUACCAGUCCCGCAUGGCAGCCAACCUGAGUGACCGGAACAACCCCGAGUUCGAGAGAACGCUCAGUCGCCGGAAACUGUCAUCGCGAAGCAUGGAUGCCUACAAUAUCAUGGAGGCCCAAAAGAAUGCUAGCAACCUGUCGCAGGGGCCACCCCUACACACAGGUAGUCAUGCAUGUGGUACUUGGUUGGACCUCCAUAACCAUGCUUCUGACCUAGUGCAAGACAUUCCAUAUAUUGAUUCCUGCAGCUUCAAUGCGUUGGGAACACGCACCGGCGAGACCCCAGAGAUGUCCAAGAGGCAUACCAUGUCUCACCCACCACCUCACAUCCCUGGGCUGGAAGAUGCCCCUGGUAAGGAUGCUGCCAACAGGGCCGAGAGUGGACGAGACACGCCCGGCACUGAGGAACGCACUCCGGAGAAGAAAGACAAGAGGAGAACCGGCCGGAGCAGCGGGGCAUCCUCCUCGCAGAGUUCCGUCAGUUCCGAGGAGGGGAACUUUGAGCCGCCCACCGGGGAGAAGUCCAAGAGACCGAUAGGUGGUGUUGCGGUCCUCCCGAUGGCUGACCUCAUGAAGGCCACCAAAAAACGUGCUGAAAAACUGGCCCUGGCAGAGGAGGAAGCCGCUGCCGCUGCCGCCGCCGCUGCAGCCGCCGCAAAGAGUGGUGCUCCUCCAUCCUCCACCCCUCCCCCUGGGUACAAGACGCUGGAAGGACGGAGGCCCGGCACGGAGGCCACGGAGAGCGUGGAAGGUGCGGACCCCCUUGUCAAGACCCAUCGCACCGUCUUCCAGGACCCUAGUGUCAAUGGUGCCGAGCCAGGAUCGCCACCUUUCACACGACAGUAUUCUUACGAAGAACUUGAGAACGAGCCUCGGCGGCCUUACAGUCCCACGGGACAUGGGUUCAAGUACGAUGGAACUGGAGACUAUGCCGAAGAUGGCACUGCUCUGCCACGGGGAAGCGAGAAAAAGAGAGUGCGGGCUCAGGCCUUCAACUAUGCUCCAGGAGAGGACUCAAAGGUGGUGGAAACAGUUGAGAAAAGGAAGACAAGCCUGCAGGAUGGCGCCAGAGGUAAACCCAAAGACUCGGCGCUGGAAGCGGAAGGUACUAGAGGCAAGCACGGGGAACUGGCAGUGGAAGCGAAGCACAGCAAGGGGUUACUCUCAUCACCCGCGGCCGAAGCUGGGAGUCGACUGUCCUCUCCAGACACCACCUUGCCAGAGACCUCAGUCGAUGACGGUGUCUUGGACACGUCGGCUGACUCAACGGGUCUCCUGGCAGGGUUUGGGGCUGGGAAGAAGGGAAAGCAGGAUAAGAAAGACAAAGCUAAAAAAGAUAAGAAAAAGGAAGAGAAAGACAAAAAGGGUAAAAACAAGAAAGGUAAAGAAACGAAAAAAGAUAAAGAUAAGGAAAGUAAAGAGAGUGAUAAGAAGAAAGAUAAAGACAAGAAAGCUAAAGAAAAGGCCAAGAAAGACAAACAGAAGGAGAAAGGGAAGAAAAAGGGAAGGUUUGGAAUUUUUGGUGCUCGAGAUCGCAAGGACUCAACCAGUAGCAGCAGCAGCUCAAGUUCCAGCUCUAGCUCUGACACCUCUGACGAGAGUGUAGUCAUUGAAAACCGUGAAGGAACCGAGCCCAAGGACAUCGACCAGACCAUGUCGGCCACAGAGAGCUCUUACGCUGCUGACCGUUCUGACAUGUCGCUAAUUGUCAAUCCAGGGGCCACCAGCGAGCCCUCGUUCACUGCAGACCACUCCUCCUCUGACAUAAUGAUCAACCCGGCUCUCAGCCCCUCACUGACAGCAGCAGUGCAAGAUGACAGCUCUCAGGGCUCCACCAUUCCAAAGAUCAUUAAGACUACAACCAAGAAGACCUUCGUCCAAGAUGCCGAAGGCAUUUCCGAGGACACUGUCCAGAGGGUGGAAGACCUCUCGACGGGACAGGUCGAACUUAGCACUCAGAGCCAGAAGGCUGAGCAUGGCGAAGCUGACGGCAGAGAGAAGCCUCACGUGACGGCCACCACCGUCACCACCAUCACUGCUAAGAGCCUCGAGGAUAAGAGCACGAAGGCGCGAACGCAGCAGAUGGAAGAGAAGACCUUCACAGCCACCACCAAGACGACUGGCACGACCCAGGAGCAGACAGUCGUCACGCAGGAGGUGAAAAAGCAGACACGCUCCAUUGCACCAGAGCGUGUAGACAACUUGGCUGCGGCGCAGGGUCAGGGAGGCCACACUCCCUCGUACUAUCCCAAGGCUGGGUACGUCGCCCAUUCCCGCCCUCGCACAAUCUCCAGUGGGAGUGAUGACUCGGGCACAUCGGUCGAUCCCUUGGAUUCUGAUUACGAUAUGGUAAACAAGGAUGGUAUUGUGCCAACUGAAGCUCAAGUGUUUGAUGGCAGUGGAAUUUACAGAACUAUGAGCGUCGAGGCUCCCCCUCUAGUGGAAACAGAAUCGCGAAAGGUAUCCGUAUUGGGCGACUUGAACAUCGACGACAGUGCUGUGGUGGUCAGCUCGCAGUCCAUCUCCUCCCGAACCCGCACAGUCGAGACCACCACUUACAAGACUGAGAAAGAUGGAGUGCUGGAGACUCGCGUAGAGCAGAAAAUCACCAUUCAGAGUGAUGGUGAUCCCAUCGACCAUGACCGCGCCUUGGCUGAUGCCAUCCAAGAAGCCACAAGCAUGAACCCAGACAUGACUGUGGAGAAAAUUGAAAUCCAGCAACAGUCUACAGAAUGAGGUGGACCAUGAAACAUUCAUAAAGAUCUCCUUACUGCGUCGAUGCUUCUAGCACUGAAGCCAGUGUGACGCAGAGAAAUACUGGAACAGCGCUGCAGACAGAGCGGCGGAGGACACUUAGGCUUUAAGAACCUUGACGUGUCUACCCAGUGUGCUAGUUUCUCCUUUUAGCUAUUAUCAGUGAUAGUAGUGAGGGCUUGAGUUUUCUCAUUCUCCUGCAUUGUGCAGCACAUACAAACUAAUGUAACAUUCACUACUGGAGUAUUGUUCCACAGUGGACUUUGGGUUUCUUAUAAGCACUCUCUUGGUUACGAUUAUUAUCAGUUCAGAAGUGCUUCCAGACUUACCCAGAUGUAAGAUCUGUUUAGCAGGAAAGUUAUUUAUGCUAGCAGGCUCUUCAUUGAUGUAUGGCAUCCCACGGGUUCGUUAUCUUCCUACAGCUCUUGAAAUGACCCUCAAAGUUCAAUUGGUAUAUGAACCCUGUUGAUGCCAGUUCAAGUACCAAGCUUGACCACUGAUGAAGUUAAUUUUUUAUUUAGGGGGAAAAGGAGGGAGUUUAAGAAUGUAAACUGGAACCUGGCAAGCUUGUUUUCAAUUUUUCAUUGUUCAUUCUGUUCUAAAUUUUGCCUGGGAGUCUUAAAUAUUUUGUCCUGCGUUUGAAACACACAAACGUGUCUCGGAGGGGGUUUGUUGUCUUGGGUUGAAGCCAAUGAUGUUUAAUAUUAAGUUACACAACUUUUGUCCUUGUUGAUUAUGCAGCUACAGAAAUUCACUAAUGCUUCUAGCUCAUUUUCAUAAAUAUUUUAUGGAUCAUUUGAACUCAUUGAUAGCGGUACAUACAGACACACUCGUGCAUUAAGAGAAAUGUUCCUGAUCUUAAAAUUCCCAAUAGUCAUAUUUGUUGAUUAUGACAGUUCAAAGGAAGUUACAAAAAACCUGUUGCAAGACGGAAGUCUAAAUGAAUAGGGUCUCGAAAUGUAAAUGCCUAGGACUUGCCUUUACAGAAAGAUCUCGUGUAAAUGUUGUUAAUACUAACUUUAUGGUAUAAUUAAAGGUGAAAAUUCAUAUAUUUUUAGGGAUAUAAUUGUUUUCAUUUGUUAUAUAGGUCUAAAUCAGCUUCAAGUAAAUACCUUUUUCUUCUUCCUUUAUUCCUGAAUGGGCUAGAGAAGGUGCUUCAACCAUUAAUAAAGCCUAGAGUUCCAGGAAGCCCCACCUGAGGUUGUAUUUCAUGGUGACUGGUCUGACCCACGAAAUCGUAAUGACAUGAUUACAAACAAACCGUACCAUGGGCUAACGCAUCAUUGUGGAGUUUUAUGACUCUGAUCAUGGGUUCUAUCCUUGCCUGUGGUAUGGUUUGACUGGUUCUGUUCCAACUUAGUUGUUCUGGGUUGCACUGUACAUAUACAGGGCACCAUGUACAGUGUGGGCCAAUCUUUCCCCUCUUUCUUAAGCCUUGUGUAACUUGUUGAUGUAUUUGUAAUGCCCUCUUCCUUUCCUCUUCAAGUCUUGUGUGUAGUAUAGUUGUACUUGUGGUCCUGUCUCUUCCUCAUCAAGCCUCUUGUGACUUAAAUGUAGUGUGUUCCCUUCUUCCCACUUCCCUUCAAGUCUUUUCAUGAAACAUAGAUGUGGUACCCACUCUUUCCCCUCUCCUUCAAGCCUUGUGUGAAGCAUAGAUGUAUUUCUUUGCUUUCUUCUCUUAAUGCUUACCGUAAAUUUGACUAUUAUCUGUGUACACGCUUAGUUUAAUCCUCCUCAGUUACUUUACAUUAUUCUCCUGUUUAAAUUUUAUUCGCAUUUUGGAUACAGUAUUGUGUUGUAUUCUUAAUUAAGAUAGUAUUUUCUGUUGAACAUGAAUUACUACAAGAUACUGUAUAUUAAGGCUUAACUCUGUAGAGCAUUUUUUCUGGUUCUUUAGUCUCCACUACUAAUUGUACCUUCACAUUAGUUCAACACACACACAUAACCCAACACUUAAGAUUUGUUCAAUAUGGAGCUAUUACGUUAGACAAGAUUCUGUUGGAUUACACCAGCAACCUGACUGGUGAGAACCAGGCUGGGAUUAGUGAAGAGAGGAUUGAGCCUCCACCACUUCUUGGGCUGAAGGAACCCCCACAGGUUUAUUGUUUGUGAAAUACAGUGCAUUCAUUCUUUUCCUUGUUUCAUGCAAGUGAGAUAGCCUGAGGACACCAAGGGUAUUAAUUAUAGCAUUAUUUUUCUUACUAUUCAGUUUGAUAUCUGUCUGUAUUGAAUGAUAGUCUGUGUACAAAAAAGCAGUAGUAAAAAAAACUCAAGAUUUCACGAGUCGAGUCAAAAUCAGUAGUAAAGUGGAUUUUCGCCACAAGCAGCUCAGCUCAUUGGCUGCCAUCAGUCCCUACACUGACAAGAACUCGGGUUGAUUUCCUGUCUUACCUGUCAUGUUGCAGCUGUUGCUCUUUGAUGUAGUAGUUGCCAGGCAGCUAUGGGAGAGUAAAGCCAUGUAACUUGUAGCCUACUUAACUAAAAACUGCCGUUCUUCAAAAAAACGAAUGGUUUUACCACUAUUCUUUACCAAUUUCUUGUCAGCCUUCCACUGUUGAUGGGGCACAUAAAUUUGUACAGGGUUCAUUUUGGGCCAUCUCUUUAGUACAUUAUAUAAAUAUAUAUAUAUAUAUAUAUAAAUAUAUAUACAGUAUAUGGUAUUGUCUAAUGACUGAUAAAUAAGUUAACAUGGUAAAAGUGCCUCAGCUGGAUGUCAGGUAGAAUUUAUGGUCUAAUAUCCCUGUUUAGUGGGACAUGGUUUUCCAACCUUUACACCAUGUGCAUAUUCUUUAUUUGGGCAUAAAGAAUUUUAUCAAGAUUAUGUAAACCCUCGAUUUAAUGGACCUUGAAAAUGUGGGAUAAAAUCCGCUGGGUCAGUUUAUUCCAGUGUUGCAAUGAAGACUGAACAAUCCGCUCUCCAGCCACUACAAUCUCAAUUACUGCCCACCUGCUUACCCCUAUUAGUCCAUUAAAUCUAGGAUUCACUGUACUAGUGAAUAAAGCAUGAGCAUAAUGCUAAAAAUUUAUUUGGAAGUAAUUUGAGGAUAAACGUCCAAUGCCUGCACAUUAAGUUUGUGAUAUGUAUGAGGUUGAGGAAGUCCUCAGGCCUUAGUAAAGCUAACUGAAGGGAAGACAUCACCGGGAAGGGUGUGGGAUGGAGGAACACUGUCUUUCGUCGCAUGUGUCUGGAGUCAUAAGUGCCUGCUACCAUUACCAGAUGGGACUUGCUCUCCACCUGUCUUACAAAGCAUAGCCACAACUCUUAACCACGGCGAGAAGGACCAGCACUCAUUGGUCCAGUGGGGAGCAGGUCGUGUAGUAGUAAGCUCGGGAUUGUCUUGAAAUUAUGGACCAUAAGUAUCUUUUACAAAACUCUUGUGAUGGCUGGUAGCUCGCUGUCAUUUAACUUUCCAAGUUUAAUUCUCAUUUAAUGGCUAUUAGCAUGUAACAGUAAUGUGUUCAGCUGGUUGGUUACCAGAAUCAAUUGAGCUCCAUAUUAUGCAAAAAAAAAAAUUAGUGCAUUGCUUGAAUCGUUGUUGACUGUGUCGCGUCAGAAUCUGGUUGAAGAUCCUAGUAAACAGUAACCUCAGAGUGGAUGCAUUUUUGGGCACAUGAAGCCUAUAUUAGGCUCAACUUAGUGCUACUGUGAAGUUCAGACUCGACACAGACAAGUAAGCUGGUAUUCUCCACGAUCUUUAGAAGGGUAAACUUUAAAGUGCAUUUCCUUAGGCUUUAUAUUCUCCAGUUGACAAUGCAUUUGCUAUUACUAAAGUGGGGACAAAUAGUUCACACUCUAAUACAAAGCUUGCAGCUCUGGGUCACCUUACUUUAUGGUAACCUCAUGGCACUUCUUGGGGUCACCGUCCCCUUCACGGCCCGGUCGCAGACCAGACCUCACUGGAGAGUUGUAACACGUGCAGCUAACACACUAAACUUUGCCACCUCAUUACUGGCAGUUAACCCAGGUCAGGAGACUCGCAACUACUUGCAAUCAGAAUUAAGCACUAAACCCACAAGGGUCAUAGUGCUACUUGCAUAAAACAUACCUGUGUAUAUCAAGUAGUUGUAAAGUAUUACAUUUAAAUUUAUGAAGGUAAAUGAUUAAAUAUAUAUAUAUAUUAAAAAAUAUAUAUACAUAUAUGUACAUACAUUCAGUAGUUAAUUUUAUUUGGUUAAGAUGUUACCAUUGCACCCUAGAGCAGCUCUUAGUUACACGAAAUGUGAUGCAUAGCAGCGGUGCUGUAAGUGCCAGGCUUAGCUUUUAAUUUUAAUUUUUUUUUUUUUUUUUUUAGUACUUUUGGUAUUCUAGGUUACUGAAGAUUUUCUUGAGAAACAUUUAUAUGUUGUGGUACCUGGCUUGCAAGCCACUUGAUAGCCAGUAACCAGACUAGUGAACCCGAGUGUGAACCACCGAGGCACUUACUGCACCCUACUAUGUCAUCCAGGUUAUUUCGCAUUACCAGUAGGCUAGGUUAGGAAUGGAGGUGAAGCAGCAGAGGAAAUGAUGCAGCUUCCUCCUCUCACAUCGUAAGCACCAAACUCCAGUGUGUUAUUAGAUUUAAUGCGGAAAUGAAUCUUAUUUUUCUUCUUGCCAGGAAUGUACACUGGCUCUAGGACCAGCGUACAAACCUAUGAAUCUCGUAAUACCUUAAGCACCAUAUUUCAGGGUGGUAUCUAGACUUGGACAAGACACCAGACCUGGGAUUAUAGGAAGUUGUUCCUCUCAGUACUACAUAUUCUGGGUUUGGUACAUUUUUAUGGUUAUAAUUCAAUAAUUACCUGCUCUGUUUAGACACCAAAGUCAGAUUUUUGCCAUAAUUUAUUUUAUAACUGAGAAGGUACAUUUUUUAAUUGAUAUUUUCUUCGAUUCAUGUACUCAGCCGUGUGGUGCAGGGGUUAUUGCUCGAGUUCUGGCGUCCAAAGUGUUUACGGAACAGUGUCGACCUAGAUACAGCCCUGUAUUAUAUUGCUUCACUCAGCUGUCUCUGGUUUCCCAAGCAUCUUCACUCCUCUAUGUUAAGUGAACCAAACACACAACACGAGUGCAGCUUUUAAAAAAAUGUAUUGUUGUAACCAUUUAUUUCUUUUCAACAAAAAUAAAUGUUAGGUAAGUU